UAGAGGGAAGAAACUCUGGGCGAUUUGUAUUAGCAGUAGCGGUAGGAAUCGACAGUGGAAGGAGGAAGUUCCUCGCAGGAAAAGCCGCCUCUCAUGCCUCAUUUCCUUCAUCUUUUCUUCUCCUUUUGAUUUUCUUUAAUUCAGAGAUUACUCUGUUCUUUCUUUUCUACCAAUCUCCUCUGUAUGAUCCACGGCGUUUUUUGUGCGCUUGGAAAAUGCGGGAGGCACUGGCGUCUGAACAGUCUAAUGAACUUGUUUCUUCUACUCACAAGAAGAAGAAAUCCGAUGAUGAUAAGGUAGAGAAAGAUUCACAUAAAUCGAUGCCGCACUUGCAGAUGGUGGCUGUUCCUCCGGUUGUUGUUGUGAAUCGUAGUCGAUCUCAAGCGAGUUCGAGAAGGGUUACACCCACUACGUUAACGAUUAAUUCUUCCAUAGCCACGGUGGGUAUUGACUCUGUUUCUGGCGAUGGUACUGGAAUUGUUGCGUCGACGGCCGUGGAGAAGCACCUUCCGAAUGGGGAUCUGUACAUUGGGAGUUGCUUGGGGAGCGUGCCGCAUGGAUUGGGUAAGUAUUUAUGGACGGAUGGGUGUAUGUAUGAGGGUGAGUGGAAGAGGGGGAAGGCCUCGGGGAAAGGGAAAUUUUCUUGGCCUUCUGGAGCCACGUAUGAGGGGGAAUUCAAGUCUGGUCGGAUGGAAGGGAUUGGCACUUUUAUCGGAUCUGACGGCGACAUGUAUCGUGGGUCAUGGAGUGCAGAUCGGAAACACGGUUUUGGCCAGAAAUGCUACGCCAAUGGCGAUUUCUAUGACGGAACCUGGAAGCGAAACGUUCAGGACGGAAAUGGCCGGUAUGUAUGGAAGAAUGGUAUUGAGUAUGUAGGUGAGUGGAAGAAUGGGUUGAUGUCCGGCCAAGGGGGUUUUAUUUGGGCCAACGGGAAUCGGUACGAAGGUCAAUGGGAGAACGGAGUUCCGAAAGGGAAUGGGGUUUUUAGUUUGCUUGACGGCAGUAGCCAUACCAGUGAAUGGAACAAUGAAAUGAAAAUCCAGAGCAACGGGGUUGCUGAGAAUGAGAAUCUGACGGUAACACUCAGGAAAAGGUCUUCAGUGGACGCUGCGAGAGGCAGCUCGACGGAGAGGAAUUUUCCGAGGAUUUGUAUUUGGGAAUCGGACGGCGAAGCCGGUGAUAUCACUUGUGAUAUACUCGACAAUGUGGAGGCCUCGAUGUUGUAUCGCGAUGGGUUUAAACAGUUCAGGCGAAAUCCUUUCUGUGUAACGAACGAUGCGAAGAAACCAGGCCAAACGAUUUCAAAGGGGCACAAGAAUUACGAACUCAUACUCAAUCUCCAACAGGGUAUAAGGUACUCUGUUGGGAGGCACGCUUCAAUCCUUCGGGACCUUAGGCCAAGUGAUUUCGAUCCGAAAGAGAAGUUCUGGACGAGAUUUCCACCGGAAGGGUCGAAAGUGACGCCUCCUCAUCAAUCGGUGGAGUUUCGAUGGAAGGAUUACUGCCCCUUGGUGUUUCGGCAUUUGAGGGACCUGUUUCGAGUUAAUCCUGCUGAUUACAUGCUAGCCAUUUGUGGAAAUGGCACCCUUAGAGAGCUCUCUUCUCCAGGAAAGAGUGGAAGUUUCUUCUACUUAACCCAGGAUGAUAGGUUUAUGAUUAAGACGGUGAAGAAAUCCGAAGUUAAGGUUCUCAUUAGGAUGUUGCCAAGUUAUUACGAUCAUGUAUGUCAGUACGAGAAUUCUCUCGUGACGAAAUUCUUCGGCGUGCACUGUGUAAAACCAAUUGGUGGGCAGAAGACGAGGUUUAUUGUGAUGGGCAACUUGUUCUGCUCUGAGUACCGAAUUCAUCGACGUUUUGAUCUAAAGGGAUCCUCCCAUGGUCGAACAACUGAUAAGCCUGCUGAAGAAAUUGAUGAAACGACUACACUUAAGGAUCUUGAUCUUAAUUAUGUGUUCCGCCUUCAGCAAAGUCGGUUCCAGGAAUUUAUCAAGCAAAUUAACCGAGACUGUGAGUUCUUGGAAGCUGAGAGAAUCAUGGAUUACAGUCUUCUGGUUGGUCUUCAUUUUCGGGACAAAAAUCGAUGCGACAAGAUGGGAUUAUCGCCAUUUCUAUUGCGAUCUGGUUAUAAAGAUUCUUAUCAGAAUGAGAAGUUUAUGCGUGGCUGUCGCUUUCUUGAAGCAGAGCUGCAGGACAUGGAUCGAGUUUUAUCUGGCCAGAAACCUUUAAUUAGGUUAGGAGCCAACAUGCCAGCACGAGCAGAGCGAAUGGCAAGAAGAAGCGACUUCGAUCAGUAUAACCCUGGCGGGACGAGCCUCUUGAUCCCAUCAAGGAGUGGCGAAAUCUAUGAAGUUGUCCUAUAUUUUGGGAUCAUUGACAUCCUACAGGACUACGACAUCAGCAAGAAAUUGGAACACGCAUACAAAUCCUUACAAGUCGAUUCCACCUCUAUAUCAGCAGUUGAUCCAAAGCUCUACUCGAAAAGAUUCCGCGAAUUUAUAGGGAGAAUUUUCAUUGAAGACAGGUGAAUAAAACCAACAAGAAGAUGGGAUGGCCAACUAUCAUCCAAUCUACAAAGAUUCCCAACCAAAUCUUGGAUCAAACCACCAGAGACUUGAAGAGAGUACGGUUGCGUGCGAUCUCUUCCAUGCUCCAUGUUGUUAGAGGAGAGGCAACGUGCAUGGAUUAGGCGCUCAAAAACCAGUUACAAGUUGGGAAAAAGGCCUGGCUUCAUUGGCAGAUGCACAGGUGGUAUUUAUGGCUGAUUUUGCAGAGCAGCCAGAGUGUAGAGGCGGUGGCGGUGGCGGUGGCGGUGGCGUUAGAGUGGUUCUUUUAUUAUAUAUAUAUGUACAUUCAGUGCUAGAAAGAGGGAGAUAUUAAGUAUUGAAAGGGUUCCCUCAACGUUUGUUUGGUUUUCAUGGGGUGAUAUCUUUUUGAUUAUGAAGAUUUGAAAGAUAGGAUACAGAGAGAGGGGGGCUUGGAAUAAGAGAAUUGUACAGGGUGGGG